AUGUCAGGCUCGCGGGUCGCCUUUGACGGACUAUGGCGUUGCCUCUGUCCCUCCGUGGACCCCGUCCUCGCCUCUAGAGUACUCAACGCCCCGAUUGUCCCCCGGACACUUCACGCGACGACCCGAAGACGAGUUUGCCUCUCGGCCUCGGCCACGAAACGCGCGCAGACUGCAACAUAUCGUCACUAUGCUUCCUCCGCCAUCCCUGUGCGCACCGCGGCAUACGAAGCGGCGGGUGCCGUUAACGACGCUCGUGUUCGGUCGAUAUUGAAGGCCCCUCCUCCGACAAUCCUCGACCGCGAUGUCCUACCGAUGGCCUCUGUCCCCGAUAUGCUCGAAGCACUACGUCAGCUCCAGACAAUACCAGACAGCUUUCGCACGGCAGCGGCUGUCGUACGGCAUCUCAUUCAAGACAGGGGACAACAACCUAGCCCUGCGCUCUACGAAUGCCUCAUCGCUUGCGCGCGAGAUACCAAUGGAACAGCCGACAUGAUCGCCCAGCUCCUUGCUGAGAUGCACCAGCUGGGCAUGAAUCCUGGCGCGCAGCUCUGUCAUGACGCACUUGAGGCUCUCGCCAUCCACCCCAACUACCUCCUUCGCAACGAAAUUCUCUGGGCCAUGCAAGAAUCCUGGACGCCCAUCACCCUUUCCGGCCACUGCAAUGUUGCUCUCGGUCUCCUCCGUGACGGCCAGUACGAGCUCGCUUUUGACAAGGCCGAAGAGCUCCUCGACAAGAACCCUGACGUGCCACCACGUCUCUUCGAUGUCUUCGUCCUCGCGUUUGCCCACCGUGGCUUCCUCGACGAGGCCGUCCGCCUCGCGCACGAGAAGCGCCAUGCCGCGAGUGAGGACGUCCCCGUGGCCCUGUGGCACGUUCUGCUCGACGCCUGCGCCGCCGCCUCGCACGUCGAGGGCACGUCCUACAUCUGGGGUCGCUUUCUCGAGCACGACCGCCGCCGCGUCUCGGACGGCACCCUGCUCGCCGUGUUGGACACGGCGGCGCGCGGGGGCCACCCGGACCUUGCGACGACGGCCAUGGGCGUGCUGACGGCGCGCGGUGCCAAGCUCGGCGUGCACCACUACGAAGCGCUCAUCGACAGCUACGCCAACGCCGGGGACAUCCCCAACGCGCUGAGGCUGCUGUGCAUCAUGUUCCGGGCGCUCGGGGUCGCGCCGGAGGGGAGCACACGCUCCGUCUACUCGCGGCUCAAGGCCGAGCCGGCGCUGCUGGACGGGGCGCUCGAGGGGCUCGCCGCGCUCGUGCGGGACUACGACGUGCCGAUCCAGGCGUUGAACGUUGUCGUCGAGGCCACGGUCGCGGCGAAGGGCUUCGACGCCGCGCUCCAAGUCUACAAGCAGAUGCCCCGGUACACGCAGGCGCUCGCCGACGAGACGACAUUCAGGCACCUGCUCGCCGCGUGCGAGGACACGAGGGCCUUGCGCUUCCUCGUCGAGGAGAACCCCGCGACCGCCCUGCGCGCGGACAGGGCGGCGUUCGAUCGGGCCAUUCACGCGUUCGCGGACGUGCGGGACGUCGAACAGGCGUUCCGGUGCGUCGAGCUGCUGGGCCCCGAAGACGAGGCGUGGCUGUCGAGGGAUACGGCGCUGCUGCUCGUGCGGCGGGCCGCCGACGCGCAGGACGAGCGCGUGUGGUCGCUGCUGGAGGAGGCGAGGCGGAGGGGCCUUGAUGUCGAGUCGGGCCUCUCGCGGUUCCUGGUGCCUUUUAUGGAAGGGCGGGAAGGAAAGUCGAGGCGGGAGAUUACGAGUGGUAAGAGAGUCGUCGAGGCUGCAGACGAGGAUGCGACUACACUAUGA